AAGACUUGAAGAGGAGUCGAGGAAGAGAAGGGACGGACAAACGGCCCAAGGGCGGUUUCUGAACGCAACGCGGCGAACCUCUCUCUACAGCCACUCAGGUAUCCAGUAUGCAGGCGCUGGUGUUUCUGCCUCUGCUCUUGUGCUCCGCGGUGUGCGUGGAGCAGGUGAGGGCGGAGGUGAAGGCGGUGAAGCUGUGCGGUCGAGAGUUCCUGAGGGCCGUCGUCUACACCUGCGGAGGCUCCCGCUGGAGGAGACUCCUCACUGAGUCAGACAUGGACGGUUUGCCAUCAGUGGAAAACAGCAGCUUGGAGAGCAUCAGCAUCAGCAGCAGCAGCAGCCCGGGCUCUGAGUUGACCAGACGUGACAUUAAUAACAUACUGACCACCGUGUGCUGCCAGGUGGGCUGCAGGAAGAGCGACCUCACCUUCCUCUGCUGAGAAUGACUUCCUUGCCUCUUCUCUCUCAUUCUCCAAGUGACCGAAGUUACUGUUUUCUCCCAUCUUGCACUACUAGAAACCAAAUCUGAACUGCAAUUCUGAUGUUUUAAAACAAUAUCAUCACUGUAUGGUAUGUACAAUAAUGCUCAUAUCACCAACGGCUAUUUUUCUAAUUGCUUUCGCUAUUUUUGUGGGUUUUGAUUUAUUACGUUAACUUGUAAGGACUGUAGAUGUGAAUGUGGAGCACUUGAGCAUCUGUGAACAUGUUUCUGAAAAACCUGAGCUGGAAGACGUGCGUAACCAUAAAUAAAUAUUUAAUAAUAGUAUAAAUGAAUCUAUUAGAAUUAAGAAACAUGACUAUGUUUAUAUAAAUGCACUCAGUGAUGGUAUUUAAAGGUGCAGGACUGUAUCACUUCCCACUCAGAUUCUCUGUCUCAGCCCGGACUCGUGUCCCUUAUGCAGCGAGUAUUCACAAAGUUGCAGGUUUAUAAAAUGUCCAUCACUGAC